CCCACGCGCUGCUCGCGGCCCCGGCCAUGGGGCUGGGCGGAUCCGAGGCUCGGCCGAGCUGAGGCGGCGGCGGCCGUCUGCUCAGCUCGCUCGCCGUCGCCUGGCCCUCACGAUGAUGAAGAAAAAGAAGUUUAAGUUUAAGGUGGACUUCGAGCUCGAGGAGCUCUCCUCGGUGCCCUUCGUCAACGGGGUCCUCUUCUGCAAGAUGCGGCUGCUGGACGGCGGCAGCUUCACCGCCGAGUCCUCCAGGGAGGUGGUGCAAGCAAACUGUGUUCGCUGGAGAAAGAAAUUCUCAUUUAUGUGCAAGAUGAGUGCCAGUGCCUCCACCGGCAUCCUGGAUCCUUGUGUCUACAGAGUGUCUGUACGGAAGGAAUUAAAAGGUGGCAAAGCUUAUGCAAAGCUGGGCUUUGCAGAUCUAAACCUGGCAGAGUUUGCUGGAUCAGGAAAUACCACCCGUCGCUGUUUACUGGAAGGCUAUGAUACCAAAAAUACAAGACAGGACAAUUCCAUUCUUAAAGUUUUGAUCAGUAUGCAGCUGAUGUCUGGUGACCCAUGUUUUAAAACGCCUCCCUCCACAUCCAUGUCAAUUCCAAUCGCUGGGGAACCCGAGUCUCUGGAGGAGGAUAGAAAAGGCGGAGAGACUCUCAAAGUGCAUCUUGGAAUAGCAGAUCUUUCAGCAAAGAGUGCCUCUGUUCCAGAUGAACUUGGUGCCUGGGGACAUUCUAGAACAUCGAGCUAUGCAAGCCAGCAGUCCAAAGUAUCAGGGUAUAGCACAUGUCACUCCCGGUCAUCCAGUUUCUCCGAGUUCUGCCACCGAAGAAAUACCUCAGUGGGAAGUACAUCAACAGGAAUUGAAAGCAUUCUGGAGCCAUGCGAUGAAACUGAGCAAAUCCCAGCUGAACCAAACCCUGACCCAGCCGAUAAAGAAGAAGAAGCUCCUGAGAAACUCACCAGGUGCCCGGUGAAGCAGGAUUCUGUUGAGUCUCAGCUGAAGCGGGUUGAUGACACCAGAGUGGAUGCUGAUGACAUCGUGGAGAAAAUCCUGCAGAGUCAAGACUUUAGCCUCGAUUCCAGUGCAGAAGAAGAAGGACUGAGGUUAUUUGUGGGGCCUGGGGGAAGUACAACCUUUGGCAGCCAUCACCUUCCAAACAGGGUAGGAUCUGGAGCCUAUGAGCAGGUUGUGAUCAAACGCUAGAGGUGACAUCAACGGACAGAAGCUUCCCUGUGUAUGUGAGCUGUGGACAACAGGUGUUUCAAGGUGUUUUAGUCAAGCAUGUAAGAAAAAGGACGAAUCUGUUUUCAAAGUGAAGUUCAUCUGCGAAGAGGAAAGCAAUGCUGAUUCCUUCUCAAAGCCCCCUCCGCCAUCCUUUCCAAGACACUCACCUGCAGGGAAGCCUGUGAAUGGAGGGUGAAGGCCUGUCCUGCCUCAGCACCCAGUCUGCUUGUGCUUUCAAGGCACCCCAGGGGAAGAUGGCACUAGACACACCUGAGUGUGAUUGUGGUAUUCCAACAUGAAAAUCCAAGCCAGCGGUGCUCAACAGGUCGGGCUCUGUUUUUGAAUUUUACAUUUAAGAGACAGUAUGUGAAGUCAGUUUAAACCCAUAAAUGCUAUCAAAAUAAUUGUAAUUACUAUUAAGUAAAUCUUCCAUGUCCUGUUACCUAUAGCAUUGUACAAAGUAUAUUAACUCUUUUUAUGCAAUAAUUGGAAUAAUUGACAGGAAGUGGGUGUCAUGCUUUAGGAAAAUGUUGUAACUUAAACAUUUUAAAUACUUCAUAUCAGACAUAAGUCAAAUAUAACAGGUGUGUCCAGGUCUGAGACAGUUGGAUGGAAGGAAUGCUGUGACUGUGCGGCAUACAUUGUUCCUUCUCACUAAUAUUAGAUAAACUGCAAAAGCCACAGUAGCACUCCGUAAGAGUCAAGGUAAACUUAAUAGGUUAGGCAGGUUAGGCUACAUAGGCAGGCUAGGAGAAAAGCUGUUUCAUGAUCCAUUCAGUGCUAAGACUUGCUGGUCUCAGCAGUCAGAAGGGAAACUGUUAGAUGAUCAGAAAAAUGGCCCCCUUCUAAGGAAGCCAGACUUCCGUGAACUGACGCUUAGCCGUGCAGUGCUGAUGGACAGACAUCUGAGUGGCUGCUUGUGGCACUUCUCAUUUUCUUUACUGUCAGAUUUUGCGGUCUGAAGCCAGAGUAGACUGUAACAUACCUCUAAUACAGCCCUUUGGGUCUGGGUCCAUGGAAACAGCACAGCACAGAGCUGCAGUUUUUCUGGUUUUGGCAGUGCCCAGGUAGAGAGAGCUAAACUUCUCUUAGCUGAAAAGAAGCAGGAGGAGGUACAGAGCCAGCAAUGCCCCAGUCCUCACCUUCACAAUCAUGUCUGACAACACAAUAGGUCAGCACAGAAUGGAUCUUUUUAUGCUGACAAAGUAAGGACAGAGUUACAAUGUUUGAGUAUCCAGAUUGGAAAGUUUGGAAAAUUGAAAUUGUUCCCGUUAGAAUUUUUAUUUUAGUAUCUAAAGAAUUGGGUAGUCUACAUUAAUCCAAAACUAUUUUUACGAAUAGAUGCUGAUUUUAAAAAAUGACACCCUGUUUUAGAGUAUUUUGAAUACCAUGUUAAGAUAUAUUUGGAGACUGGGACAUUGACAUGAGCAUCUUUGCCAGGGAGGAAGUUAUCUAGAUAGGUGAGGGCAUGCUGUCUGUUUUCAAGUGAACUGAUCCAUUGUCUGUUACAGAAAGAUCAAAGAAAAAUUUAACUACAGACAAUGGGGAUAUUAUUUAGAGAGGUUUAGUCUGACAAUUUUAAAAGCAUAUUUUUCUAUUUUAAAAUAUAAUUUCUAAGCUAUGUUUUUAUUGGCACUUCUGCAAAUGAUUUUGAAUUCUAAAGAGGAUGAUAACGCUGGAUUGUGAGCAUGGUUCACUGAGACCACCCAUCAGACACACACAGGGUGCUGUAAUCAGGGCAGAGUGGCUGCCCUACUUAGCCUGGCUGCCCCUGGCCCUCUGUCUACACAAGAUUAGGUCUUGGUAUUUUAAAUGGUACAGAAUCCUUUUUUUUUUUUUUAGAAAAAUAAAAGGCGUGGGGCUGGGGAAUAUAGCUCAUGUUAGCCUAAACCACACAAAGCCUCAGUACAAAAACUGUGUGUGGUAGUGCACACCUGUAACCCCAGCACUUGGGAGGGGGAGGCAGGAGGAUCAGAUGUUCUAGGUCAUUCUUGGCUCCAUAGUGACUUAGGGGCCAAACUAGACUUAUGAUACCCUAUCUCAAAAAGGAAAAAUAAAAAUGUGAAGAGAUCUUACGCCUUUUUAAUUUUAGCAGCUACUAAAUAAUCAUUUAUAUAUUGUUAAGUAAUAAAAAAUCACUUAGUAAGUAGCAACAUUGGGUUGGAAGGCGAAAGACUAUCUGCGAUGCUAUGGUCAGCAGAAGUAUGGAUUCUCCUUCCCUAGAGUUCCGAGGUAUGUUCUGCAUUCGUAUUACAGUCCAGUCCUAUCAGAAUGUGAAGGGGUCCUCGAGUACCUGCCUUCCUACUCUUCACUUCCUACAGGGCAUCCACUGUCAGUCUGUCAGCCACAAGGCUAGUUUAAAAGCUGUUUGCCAGGUACUGUCUUCUUGUAACUCUGCUUUGAGUUUAGAAAACAAUAGGCUUGGAAAAGUAGAGGCUUAACAAAUUACUUUUUUAAUAUUUAGAUCACUUAGAGAAUUUUAGGUAUGAAUUGUUUUCUUCUUCUAUCCUAUAGAAAAGACCAACGGCACUCUUUAAAGCUAGUGUUUGUGGUGAGAAGAAAACAUCUAAACAUCUAAGAUGGCACAGGCCAGUCAGGAGCACUCCUGCCACAGGCUGUGAAGUGUAGGAAAAGGCAGGGAAGGCCCUGAGGCAUCGGUUUACACUUGAGUGUGGGCUCCCUCUUGUGGUGGUAUUGAAGGCUUCUGAGUACAAACAACUAAUGUAGAUGAACACCUUUGAUGGUAAAGUCUUGACCAACAACCCUAAAUCCUCCAUCUCAUUCCAGCGUAAACCCAUGAGAAUAAUAUCCAAACUAGACUCUUCUGUACAUGGUUUUUGUUUUUCAUUUUGUUGUUGUUGUUCUGUUUGUGUAAAACUGUGAGCCACAGAAGUUGACCACUUAACUCCUUUGUUACUAAAAGGAAAAAAAAUAUCUUCAACUAAUCUCCAUUCAAAACAUAUUCAAAUCCAGGGUCACACCUGUAAGCCCAGUAUUGGGAGGCUGAGGCAGGAGGAACUAUGAGUUCAAGGAUAACCUGGGUUACAGGAUCUACUGAAGUUCAAGGGCAGUCUGGGCUCCAAGGUAGUCAUGAGCCCAAAAUGAGGCCCUGACUCAGAAAACUUCUUUUUUAAUCAGGCAGCACUGAGUUUUGAUGUCAAAGCAUCCAGAGGCAAUUCCAGACUCUCAGAUUUCCAUGUUAAUUAACCACUUUUGAAGCAUAAACUGACAGUUUCAUAAACUAUUUCACUGAAGGCUUCCAUGUUUAACUCAAAUCUCCGAGAGACGCAGUGAGCUCAUAUGACGGGAUUGUUUUGUUUUCUUCACAAGUCUUUCCUCUGGGCAUUUCAGAAAUUCAGUUCUUUUAGAUGGUACGUCUUGUGAAUAUAAUCAAGUAGGGUAGCUGAGACUGUUAGGUCACUGUUUAUACUGGCUUAGUUAGGUACUGUGCAUAAUGUUAGUAGUUGAGCUGUAGGGAUGAAAUAUUUCUGUAGUAAGCCUAAGUUAAGAAUGCCCUGGAAACAAGGCCUUAUUCCCUUCUCCAUGUGACUUCGUCAGAAUAUGUAUACACAAACUAUUUUAGAUGGUAAUAUGGGUGGUCUCUCCAUACAACAAAAUUGAUUUCAAAAAAAUCUGAUUUACAAUGUGUUCUGUAUUUUUAAAUAUGUAUGUUUAUCUUAUAUAAGUCUUUCACCAAUAUUCAUUGGCCAAUUCAAUGUAAGGAAAGACAGACUAUAGAAGAAUUUGAUUAAUGUUGACAAUAUGUCUUGAGAAUUACCUUCUUCUACAUUAUUUAAUCAUUUGGAGGUUUACCCAGUGUUUAUGAAAUGUGUUAUUAGUAGCUGAGGAAUAGCUCGGCAGUAAGGAACUUCCCAGCAUGUGCAAGACCUGGGAUUGGUCCUCAGUGCUGAAAAAAAGAAAAUGAAGUGAUUCCAUCAGUAUUCUGUUCUAAUACUUGGAGAAUGACCUUCAUAUUUAUAUAUUGUAUGUCUUAUGUUUUAACUAGACAGUGAUAAAAAUCCAGGAAAUGUUUUAUAACAAAAUAAAGUUUUGUUUGUAAAAUGUUUGUAAUAAUGUAAAAGUGGAUCUUAUACAUGUUAAAUAAAAGCAGUAUCUCAAAGGUC